AAUUGACUGUCACUUCAAUUGUUUUUCUACAAGAAGACAAUUAAGGGUCAGAUAUGGCGGAUGAAACCGCCCGUAAUCUUCAGUAUGAGUACAAAGCGAACUCUAAUCUCGUCCUCCAAGCGGACACUCGUCUCAUCGAAAGGCGUCCCAAAGACGAGGCGACCGGUGAAGUGCUGUCCCUCACGGGUCGUACGGUUACGGCCAGAAUGGGUGACCGAUACCAACGCACUCGACCGCAGACCUCGAAGACCGAGGAGAGGGUGAAGAAGUCGAAGAAGAGUCGACAGAACGAGUCGUCGAAAUAUGAUUUGUCGAAAAUGAAGGGCCAGUCGUUGCUGUCGGAAGAGAUCGAGCAAACGGUGGGAAUCAUAUAUCGGCCAAAAACGCCCGAAACUCGACAGACCUAUGAAGUGAUUCUGGCGUUCAUAUCGGAGAUGAUCGGCGAUCAGCCGCGAGAUGUCAUGUGCGGCGCCGCCGACGAGAUCUUACAAGUGAUAAAAGGCGACAAAAUGAAGGAAAAGGAGAAGAAGAAAGAGUGCGAAUCACUGUUGGGAUCGUUGGCCGAAGAAAAGUACGCCAUUUUGGCUAAUCUGAGCCGAAAGAUCACCGACUUUGGUGUGGAGGAGCGGUCGAUGGCUCAGCACCAGACAGACGAGAGUUUGAGCGACACUUACGGAGUGAACGUUCAGUUCGAGGAGUCCGACGAAGAAGACGACGACGAGAUUGUGGGCGAAGUGCGCGAAGACGAUGACGACGAAGACGCGGACGGUGUGGACGCCGACAUCGAUUCGGCCAUUAAUGCCAAGAAUUUAGAGACAACUAAAGUGGAGACUCGACGCGACCGAAGAGCCAAAUCGAGUUCAGUAGCGGUUCAUCCGCGAGAAGUGGACGCCUUUUGGCUGCAGAGGAAUCUGAGCAAAGUGUACGACGAGGCGGAGGUCGCGCACACUAAGGCCGCCGACGUUCUCAAGAUUCUGAAGGUGUCGAGAGAUGAUCACGAGGUGGAGAACCAAUUGGUGUCACUCUUGGGCUUCGAUCAGUUCGACUUCAUUAAAGUGUUGCGACAAAACCGGUCGACAAUCCUUUACUGCACUCUUUUGGCUUCGGCUCAGAAACAGUCCGAAAAGGAUCGCCUCAAAGAGAAGAUGCAAUCGGAUCCAGAUUUGGCCAAAAUCUUGAGAGCGCUCGAGAGUACGGACACCAACGGAACCGAUAAGAGGCGCAAAGAUUUAGGAAAAUCGCAGUCCUAUAAUGACGGCGAAGACAUGGAUGAAGAUAUGGGCGCUAAGACGUCGAAGAAUAAGAUGCUCGACUUGGAUGACAUGGCCUUCACUCAGGGCUCACAUUUCAUGGCCAACAAGAGGUGUCAACUGCCGGACGGCUCGUUCCGUAAGCAACGCAAAGGUUGCGAAGUAAUACACGUUCCGGCGCUCAAACCCAAACCAUUUGAUGCAAAUGAGAAUUUGGUUCCGAUCGACAAACUGCCGAAAUACGCUCAGCCGGCGUUUGAAGGCUUCAAAACACUCAACAGAAUCCAGAGUCGCUUAUGUAAAGCCGCCAUUGAGACCGAUGAGAACCUACUGCUGUGCGCGCCCACCGGCGCCGGCAAAACAAACGUCGCUUUGCUUACGAUUAUGCGAGAGAUCGGCAAACAUAUUGAUCCCAACACCGGCCUAAUCAGCGCCGAUGAGUUCAAAAUCAUUUACGUGGCGCCCAUGCGUUCGCUCGUACAGGAAAUGGUGGGCAACUUCUCGAAGAGACUCCAGUCUUACAACAUUAAAGUGUCGGAAUUGACGGGCGAUCACCAGUUGACUCGCGAACAGAUUAACGACACGCAAGUGAUUGUCUGUACGCCCGAGAAGUGGGACGUAAUCACGCGAAAGGGCGGCGAACGGACGUACACUCAGAUCGUGAAACUGAUUAUUUUUGACGAAAUCCAUUUACUGCACGACGAGAGGGGACCGGUUCUCGAAUGUCUGGUCGCGCGUAUGAUCCGCAGCAUUGAGACCACUCAGGAGGACAUCCGUUUGGUGGGUCUGUCGGCGACGCUCCCCAACUACGAAGACGUGGCCACUUUCCUGCGCGUGGACGCCGCCAAAGGGCUCUUCUAUUUCGACAACAGCUUCCGUCCCGUCCCUCUCGAACAGCAAUACAUCGGCAUAACCGAGAAGAAGGCCCUCAAGAGGUAUCAGUUGAUGAACGAGAUUCUGUACGACGAGGUGCUGAAACAGGCGGGAAAGAAUCAACUCUUGAUUUUCGUCCACUCGCGCAAAGAGACGGGAAAGACGGCCAGAGCUGUGCGCGAUAUGUGUCUGGAAAAAGACACGUUAGGCAUGUUCUUGAAAGAAGGCGCCGCCUCUACCGAAGUGUUGCGCACAGAAGCGGAACAAGUGAAGAAUCUGGAGCUGAAGGAUCUGUUGCCGUACGGCUUUGCCAUACAUCACGCGGGUAUGACUCGUGUCGACCGAACACUGGUCGAGGAUCUGUUCGCCGACCGUCACAUCCAAGUGCUGGUGUCGACGGCCACACUGGCCUGGGGUGUCAAUCUACCCGCACAUACAGUCAUAAUCAAAGGCACUCAAGUGUAUAACCCGGACAAAGGCCGUUGGGCUGAGUUGGGAGCGCUGGACGUGCUUCAGAUGUUGGGUCGCGCGGGUCGACCACAGUAUGACACCAAAGGCGAAGGCAUUCUCAUAACACAGCACUCGGAACUACAAUACUAUUUGUCUUUAUUGAACCAACAGUUGCCCAUUGAGUCACAACUGGUGGGAAAACUGCCCGAUAUGUUGAACGCGGAGAUCGUAUUGGGAAACAUUCAGAACGUGAAGGACGCGACCACUUGGUUGGGUUACACCUACCUAUACGUGCGAAUGCUUCGCAACCCAACCCUCUACAGCAUAUCGCACGACGCGGUCAAAGAGGACCCGUUGCUGGAGACCCACCGAUCAAACCUGAUAUAUACGGCGGCUUCUGUUCUCGACAAAUCAAAUCUUAUAAAGUUUGACCGAAAGUCCGGUACAGUUCAAGUGACCGAAUUGGGACGCAUUGCCAGUCAUUACUACUGCACAAACGAGACAAUGUCCACAUAUAACCAGCUCUUGAAGCCCACACUCUCUGAGAUUGAAUUGUUUCGCGUGUUUUCGCUUUCGAGUGAAUUCAGAAAUAUAACGAUUAGAGAGGAAGAGAAGCUCGAACUCAUGAAACUCAUGGAAAGGGUUCCCAUUCCUAUCAAAGAGUCCAUUGAGGAGCCGUCGGCCAAAGUCAAUGUUCUCCUUCAGGCCUACAUCUCUCAACUCAAACUCGAGGGACUGGCGCUUAUGGCGGAUAUGGUUUAUGUGACACAAUCUGCUGCCAGACUUAUGCGCGCCAUUCAUGAGAUAGUUUUGCACAGCGGUUGGGCUCAGUUGGCCGACAAAACGCUGUCUCUCUGCAAAAUGAUUGAUAAAAGGAUGUGGCAAUCCAUGUCUCCGUUGAGACAAUUCAGACGCAUUCCCGAAGAAGUGGUGAAAAAGAUUGAGAAGAAGGGCUUCCCGUGGGAACGACUGUACGAUUUGGGUCCCAACGAAAUCGGAGAAUUGCUUCGAAUGCCUAAAUUAGGCAAAACUGUUCACAAAUACAUCCAUCAGUUCCCGAAACUGGAGCUCUCGGCACACAUACAGCCCAUCACUCGAUCCACACUAAAGGUUGAGCUGACAAUCAUUCCUGACUUUCAAUGGGAUGAGAAAUUUCACGGAAAUUCCGAAGCCUUUUGGAUCAUCAUUGAGGACGUGGACGGAGAGCUGAUCCUUCAUCACGAGUACUUCCUAUUGAAGCAGAAGUACUGUCAGGACGAACACAUCGUCAAGUUCUUCAUCCCUGUCUUCGAUCCGCUUCCGCCGCAAUACUUCAUCCGCAUUGUGUCCGACCGAUGGAUUGGCGCCGAAACUGUAUUUCCCGUUUCGUUCCGACACUUGAUUUUGCCCGAAAAAUAUCCGCCGCCGACAGAGCUUCUGGAUCUGCAGCCGCUUCCUGUCUCUGCGCUAAGGAAUGGCAGUUAUGAGGCGUUAUAUAAGGAAAAGUUUCCGUAUUUUAAUCCAAUCCAAACACAAGUAUUUAAUUCGCUGUACAAUACGGACGACAAUGUGUUUGUGGGCGCACCCAAUGGUAGCGGCAAAACUGUGUGCUCUGAGUUCGCCAUUCUUCGGCUCUUAACGAUCCAACAAAAUGAGUCCAAAUGUGUUUACGUGACUCCGAAGGAACAGUUGGCGGCCAUAGUGUACGCCGACUGGACUCAUAAGUUCGGAAUGUUGUUGAAUAAGAAAGUGGUUCUUCUGACGGGAGAGACGGCCACCGAUUUGAAACUUUUGGCCAAAGGAAACAUUAUUAUAUCGACGCCUGAGAAGUGGGACGUUAUCUCUCGCCGUUGGAAACAGAGGAAGAAUGUCCAAAACGUGAACCUAUAUAUUGUCGAUGACUUGCAAUUGAUUGGCGGCGAAGACGGACCCAUUCUUGAAGUGGUCUCAUCGCGAAUGCGUUAUAUAUCCUCACAAAUCGAUAAACCGAUUCGAAUCAUAGCGUUGUCGUCAUCGCUGGCCAACGCCAAAGAUAUCGCCCAAUGGUUGGGCUGUAAUCAGGGUUUGACUUUUAAUUUUCAUCCCAACGUCAGACCACUACCUCUUGAGCUACACAUCCGAGGCUUUAAUCAAACACAUAACGGCUCUCGACUCCAAUCGAUGUCCAAACCUGUGUACCAAUCAAUUCUCGCACAUUCGCCCACAAAUCCAGUGAUGGUAUUUGUGUCCUCUCGACGACAGACACGAAUCACAGCCAUUGAUAUACUGACGUACGCGGCGGCCGACGCUCAGCCCAAUCGGUUCCUGUACUGCACUGAAAAAGAUUUGGAGCCAUUCCUCAACCGUAUAGCCGACGCCACACUCAAAGAGACGCUCUCUAAUGGUGUGGCGUAUCUUCACGAAGGACUCAAUCAGAUCGACAGACGUAUUGUGGAACAGCUCUUUGAUUCGGGAGCCAUUCAAGUGGUGGUUGUGUCGCUAUCUCUGUGUUGGUCGCUAUCAAUAAACGCACAUUUAGUGAUAAUAAUGGACACCCAGUACUACAACGGAAAGAUUCACGCCUACGAAGACUACCCGAUCACAGACGUGAUCCAAAUGGUCGGUCGCGCCAAUCGACCGCUUCUCGAUGAGGACGGAAAGUGUGUCCUCUUCUGCCAGUCGUCCAAAAAGGACUUCUUCAAGAAGUUCCUGUACGAGCCGUUGCCGGUGGAGUCACAUCUGGAUCACUGCAUUCACGACCACUUCAACGCCGAAGUGGUGACCAAAACGAUUGAGAACAAACAGGACGCCGUCGACUACAUGACCUGGACUUUCCUCUACCGCCGUAUGACUCAAAACCCCAAUUAUUACAAUUUGUCGGGCGUUACGCACCGACACCUGUCCGACCAUUUGUCCGAAUUGGUUGAGUCCACUCUUAAUGAUUUGGUGACUUCCAAAUGCAUUGCCAUCGAGAACGAGAUGGACAUAACGCCACUCAAUCUCGGAAUGAUUGCCGCCUAUUAUUACAUCAAUUACUCGACAAUCGAAUUGUUUAGUAUGUCUUUGAACUCGAAGACAAAGAUUAGAGGUUUGAUUGAAAUCAUAAGCAGUGCCGCAGAGUAUGAGUCGAUUCCCAUCCGACAUAAAGAGGACAUUAUUUUGAAACAACUUUUGGCAAAAGUGCCGCAAAGGAUGGCUAAUAUCAAGUAUACCGAUCCGCACGUGAAGACCAAUCUUCUACUUCAGGCACAUCUCUCCCGAAUGUCUUUGUCGGCCGAACUCCAGUCGGACACCGAAGAGAUUCUGUCGAAAUCGAUUCGUCUGAUACAGGCGUGUGUGGAUGUGUUGAGCUCUAACGGCUGGUUGGGGCCGGCGAUGGCGGCCAUGGAAUUGGCACAAAUGGUCACUCAAGCGCUCUGGAAUAAGGACUCCUAUUUGAAACAAUUGCCUCAUUUUGGCUCAGAUUUAAUCAAGAGAUGUAAUGAGAAAGGAGUCGAAUCCGUGUUCGAUAUCAUGGAUUUGGACGACGAAGAGAGGGACCAACUGUUGCGCUUCGAUUCGGCCAAAAUGGCAGACGUGGCCAAGUUUUGCAACAGUUAUCCUAACAUUGAGCUCACCUACGAUAUUGUCGACAAGGACUCCAUCGAGAGCGGUUCUGCGGUCAAUGUUGUGGUGCAGUUGGAGCGCGAAGACGAGACAGUGGGUCCGGUGAUGGCGCCAUUCUUCGUGCACCGGCGAGAGGAGGGCUGGUGGGUAGUGAUCGGCGACCCCAACGCCAAUUCGCUCAUCUCUAUCAAGCGGUUGAGUAUUCAACAGAAGUCGAAAGUGAAGUUGGAUUUCACGGCUCCGACGCCGGGAGAGCACACAUACACUCUCUAUUUCAUGUCCGACGCGUAUAUGGGCUGCGAUCAGGAAUACAAGUUCAACAUUCGGGUCCAAAACGGCGCCUCCACUUCACGCAAGCGAAAGGCUGAUCACGACAGCGAUUGA